AUGGCGCCACGUAGCCACUGGGCGAAGGAGUUGGUGAGAGAGAACGCACCAAGAUUCCCAAUGGUGAAGCGAGGCCGCGACCUCACUGUCGACCUGCUCGAGAAGCACCCCAUUGCAGGUGAGGCUAGCAUAGUUGCUGUAGGUGCUGCUCGUGGCACUCCUUGCACUCCCUUCUUUGAUUCUUUGAGGGAUGUUCUCCUCCCCCCCUUGCUCCCUCUUUCGCUUCUGCUGUUGCUGUUGACUUCCUUCGUGCUGAGGAUGUCGGGGCUGCGUCUGCUCCUAGUGGGAGGCGCCGCAGCAGCAAGGGCAAGGGAGGCAAGGGUGGUGGGGGUGGCAGCGGUGGAGGCGGUGGUGGAGGCGGUGGAGGUGGCGGUGGUGGCGGUGGGAGUGGUGGUGGGAGUGGGGGCGUCGGUGGUGGCGGUGGUGGUAGCGGUGGGAGUGGUGGUGGCGGCGGCGGCGGCGGCAGUGGGAGUGGUGGCGGCGGUGGUGGCGGCAAUGAGAGUGGUGGCAGCGGCAGUGGUGGCGGUAGGGGUGGAGCCGUUCAGAGGGGAGGUUCUGGCGGUGGCCAGAGGCUGCAGCAGCAGCGUCCGCGCGAGACCCCUACGCCCCAGCAGCUUCGUGAGCGGUUUGCUCCGCGUGGGGCGUCUGGGGGUAGUGUUCGCUGCCAGUACGUCAUUCGCAUAG